AUGGCUCACGGCGCCAGCAGAUAUAAGAAGUCUAGGGCGAAGAUGAGGUGGAAAGUGCGUUCCCCACGAUGGCAGAUGGAAGAAGAAGCGCACCAGGAGAUUGCAGCGCAAGAGGAGAAAAAUGAGACAAAGGUCAAGGUGAACGAGAAGGAAUAG